AUGCGACGGUAUACGAGAGCUAUCAUACGAACGUGCUUCGACACUGGUCGGGACCCGCCACGCGAGGACGAGGACAAGGACGAAGACGAGGACGACGUAAGGUGUGCCUGGGCAGAAGCGUCAGACGACCGACUCCUGGUGCUCGUGCGCCAAGAAGACAGCAACGGUCAUUGCGCCACCUCCAUGACGCGACAUGGCGUGGAAGCCGUUACAUUUGGAACAGCUCACGAUGGAACCCAUUAUCCGGUUCCCUGA